GUAACUUCAACUUAAAACUCUAAAACCUCCAAACUCCAAAACCCUAGAGAGAGAGAGUUUCAGAUUUCGAAUUCAUCACAGUUGAUGGCAAUGGAGCAAGCGACAAUUGAGGAGGGAGAUAUGAACCAGGAUAUGGAGGUCGCCCCAGCUUUAAUUGCUGUUCAUUCGAACCAGAAGUCUGUUUCUGUGGCCGUCGGUUGUGAUCUUCGCGUCUUUGAUCUCGAAAACCGGUGUUCUGUUAAACUGGUUGAUGAUUCAGCGAAUUCAUUCCAUAAGGGUUCAAUAAGAGCCAUCCGAUAUAGUGCAAGUGGAAAGCUUUUUGUGUCUGCUGGAGAUGACAAGCUUGUAAAAAUUUGGGAUUCUGAUACUUGGCACUGCAUUUGUACCAUAUUGUCAGAGAAGAGAGUAACAUCAGUUGCUUUAACCAAUGACGAUUCAUUUGUUUGUUUUGCUGAUAAAUUCGGCAUUGUUUGGGCUGUAAAUCUGGACGAACAUCGCCAUGGUCAGGCUGUGGAAAUUAAGAAAGCAGCUCCCAUUCUAUCCCACUAUUGUAGCAUCAUUACAAGUCUGGAAUUCUCUCCAGAUGGGCGGUUUAUUAUUAGUGCUGACCGUGAUUCUAAGAUUCGAGUAACUGUAUUUCCAAAGAAUCCAUUAAAGGGAGCCAAUGAGAUACAAAGUUAUUGCCUCGGCCACACACAGUUUGUUUCCUGCCUUUCCUUCAUCUACACCACAGAAAGCCCAGACGGGAUUCUGGUUUCUGGAAGUGGUGAUUCAACAGUUCGAGCCUGGGAUAUUUUAACCGGAUCUCUUCUUGCUACCUUUGAUGUUGGAGCAGAGGCAGGACUUGUAGAUUCUAACAAAAGCGAAGAUGAAUGCAUCUUGGCCAUUAACGACCUAUGUGCUGUUCCCAAUAGUUCAUUGGUUGCGAUUUCCAUCCAAAGUUUUUCGGGCAUUGUAUUGUUGAGCUACAACAUUUCAGGCAGAUCAUUUUCACUUGCAAAGGUGAUUCCUGUAUCAGAACAGGCCUUUGUUCCUACAAGCUUAGGAAUAAGUUGUUCGGACACUUUGUGGAUGGUUUCAGGAAUAUCUAAUAUGCAAGGUGGUGUUGGGUCAUCUUGCUUGGCCCGUGUAAGGGUAAUAUCGGGAUUAAGCAUAAAAAGCGAAGGAGAUUCUUCGGGUGCUGUUGUGUUGGAGGAUAAAGAUGUUCCAGGAGGAGUUGAGGCAGUUGAGAAGCUGCAGGAUAAGUUAAGAAUUGAUAAGGGAAUGCUCCAAGAGGCUUCUGAAACUCUUCAAUCUGCAAUGCGGAAGUUGCUGAUAAAGAAGAAUUACAUUUUUGAGAAACGCGACUUUAGGAAGAAGAGGGGAAGAAAAAACAAUAAAUGAGUUUAGUAUUAUAUCAACUUAUUUUCAAAGACAAAUAAUAUUAUUAUUCAUUGUAUCAGUUUUAGCCUAAUUAGAGAAAGAGAUUGCUUGAUUAUGUGAUUUUCCUUAUUAUUAUUAUUUUUUUUCAGAUUAAGAGUCAUCAUCUUGAACAUGAGUUGACAGAUAAUAAUAUAAGUUAUUGUUUACUCCCUUUUUU